CUCAGAGGGAAUGAACGCACGCCUGUCGGACGUACAGAGCCGAGGGCCACCAUGACCUCUACGGUGACCCCCAGAGAUGAGACCCCCACAUCUACAGGAUGAUUGACAGCUGCUCCUCCUGAUCCCCAGGAUGCCUGUGGUGCCGGUGGGCGGGGCAUCCUCCACCAACCAGGUCGUUCCCGUCGCCCUCACCUGCUCCUGGCUGCUCCUGCUCUUCCACGCCGCCUUCGGUCAGAAGCCCGCCAAGCUGCCUCUGAUUCCCCGCAAGCCCUUCAUCGCCGCCUGGAACGCCCCGCUGGACAUGUGCACCAUCAAGUACAACGUCACCACCAACGCCGACCGCCUCUUCCACAUCCACGGGAGCCCGCGGGCCGAUUGGACGGGUCAGAACGUCACCAUCUUCUACGCCAACCGCCUGGGGUACUACCCUCACUACACGCCUCAGGGAGUGGCGGUGCACGGUGGGGUGCCGCAGAACUGCAGCCUGGACCUCCACCUGGUGAAGGCCUACCAGGACAUCAACCACUUCAUCCCCUCGGAGGACUUCCGCGGCCUCGCCGUCAUCGACUGGGAGUUCUGGCGGCCUCAGUGGAGCCGUAACUGGCACAAGAAGGACAUCUACCGGCAGAAGUCCAGAGAGCUGGCCGCCAAGGCAUAUGCAAAUGUGACGGAGGCUCAGGUGGAGGAGCUGGCACGGAGGAGGUUUGAAAAGAGCGCCAAGGCGUUCAUGCAAAGGACUAUCCAGCUGGGGACUCGCCUUCGCCCCAACGGACUCUGGGGUUUCUACCUCUACCCCGAUUGCCACAACUACAACCUGCACGAGCAGAACUACACCGGCUUCUGCCCCCUGCUGGAGAGGCUGAGGAACGACGAGCUGCUGUGGCUGUGGAACAGCAGCACGGCGCUCUUCCCCUCCGUCGCCAUCAGGAAGAGUCACUCCAACAGCAUCAGCAACCUGCACUUCGCCCAGCACCGGAUCCGAGAGUCGCUCCGCGUCGCAGCACUCACCUCCAAGGAGUACGAACUCCCUACAUACGUGUACCUGAGGCUGGGCUACAGGGACGAGGCCAUGGCCUUCCUCACCAUGAGAGACUUGAUCCACACCAUCGGAGAGAGCGCUGCCCUGGGAGCUGCAGGCUUCGUCAUCUGGGGAGACCUGAACCUCACCUCCUCCAGGUUUAACUGCACCAAGGUGAAAACGCUCCUGAGCCACCGCCUGGGACAGUACAUCACCAACGUGACGCGAGCCGCCGAGGUCUGCAGCGACUUCCUGUGCCAGGGGAACGGCCGCUGCGUCCGCCGCAACCCCAUCGCCCGGCACUACCUCCACCUGAGCGCCACCAGCUACCACAUCCACGCCUCCGACGACGGGGACUUCUCGGUCACCGGGUGGCACUCGCAGCACGAGCUGCAGCUGCUCACCAAGAGGUUUCGCUGCCACUGCUACGAGGGCCACGAGGGCGAGCGCUGCGACUCCGUCAACAUCGUGAGGGAGGACGACGAGCCGCGGCGGGAGGAGGAGGAGGACGAGGAGAAGGAGAGGAAGAGGACCGAGUGGGAGGACGAGCAGGGUGAACGGUGGGAGGGAGGGGAGAGCGAGGCGCCGGCGAACACCUGCAGCCUUCUCCUGAUGGUGCUGAUGCUCCUGCUGAACUUAUCGCUAGUAAAGACGGUCGUAUGAUGACACGGAUGUUAGUUUUUAACCUACAGACAAUGUUUGUAUUACUUGAGAUGGAGAAAGACUGGAAUUGAACCCGAGAUGAUACUGAUCAGCCGAUACACCACAACAUGUUGUGACUAUGAGUGAUUCUAAAGAAAGUCUCGUUCCAGACCAACGAAUCAGUGCAAACAUCUCUGCACACGGGUCCUUCAGAACAGUAUCAUUUUGUAUGAUACUGUAUGUAUGUGUUCUCCGUCCGGACCAGAUCUGGUGCUGUACUCAUUAUCCACAGUAUUCCGGUCUGCCUUUACCACAAAAUGUUCAUCAUCGGUUCCCAGAGUUCAAAACGAUUCUUAUAAUUGCUUUUUUACGGUUUUAAUUGGGAUUAAAAUUCAUGCUCAGCAAGGCGCUACAUUUGAAUUUAAGCUGACUGCUAACAUGCUAACGUAAAGCAGGAAGAUACUGUUUACCUAGCCUACCAUUUCUGUUUAGCAUGUUAGCAUGGUAACAUUUGCUAUGUAGCAUUUAGCAGAAAGCUAAGCUGAGGCUCGUUUCAGGUGUUUCGUUAAAAAAGAAAUGUUGGAGGAUAUCCCAUACAUGCAGAGGUGGAAGAAGUACUCAGAUACUGUACUCAGUAAAGUACAAGUACUCAGAGCUUGUACUUGAGUAAAGUAGAAGUACUCAGGUCUUGUACUUGAGUAAAGUAGAAGUACUCAGGUCUUGUACUUCAGUAAAAGUAGAAGUACUCAGAUCUUGUACUUGAGUAAAGUAGAAGUACUCAGGUCUUGUACU